AAGAAAUUGGCUGGGGCACUUUCCGGUCCGGGAUUUGCCUGCUUGGGAAGUCGCGUUUGGUUGCUGGUGCGCGGCGGAAAACGGGCGGCGGCGGCGGCUUCAAAAGUGGCCGUCGUGGAGGAGAGCCUUAGAGAAGGGAGGAAAGGCUGAGGAUCCUGGGUUCAAAUGCCGCCUCUCUGCCGUUAAGGGAGGAAUUGGCUGGCUCGAGCGGUUUACUAGGUGGCCAACUUGGAGAGACGGAGGAGGUUUCUUUUGAUCUCUGAAAGAAAAAUAAUACAUCUGGUGACUGACCUUUGACAUACACACUCCCAGUUUGUGGGCGAGACACAGUCAUGGUGAAAUCAUGUUGUGCCAUAAACUGCAACAACAAAUUUUCACUGGGCAAUAAUAUCUCCUUCCACAGGUUUCCCCUUGGAAAAAAAGACGUGUUAAAAAAGUGGGUUUGGAAUAUUCGACGGAAGAAUUUCAUUCCUACACGUCACCACGUGCUCUGCUCGGAACAUUUUUGCGAGACUGACUACCUAAAAAAUGUGGCUUCUGGUCGGCGAUACCUCAAGCCGGAAGCGAUUCCGACUGUCUUUAACAUACCUGAGCGACAGAGAAAGGGCGCUAAAAGAAGACGGCCACUUCUUCGCCAUAAGCCCCCCGAUACUCAGCCGAGGAAUUUGUUAAAAGUGGAAAGCAGCGCCAACACGCCCUCUCCCGGGGGUGGCGUUGUGGGUCUGGAGCACUCCUAUUCUCUUCCCGCCAGCCCAGCCCUGGACUCUCAGCUGGCAUCCAUCCGGGAGCAAGAGCCGGCAAAAUCCGCAGCUGGAAAAAGCUCUCCCGUGCUCCAGGCCAGGCCUUGGAGAGAGUGCCGGGACAGACCCAGGCAAAACACCCAGGAGGAGCCUCUGGUCAACGCCGAGUCCGAGCGCCGGCGUUUCCGUGACUUCUGCUACCGGGAGAAUGAAGGACCUCGUAAAGUUUGCAGGCAGCUCUGGCAUCUCUGCCACCAGUGGUUAACUCCCGGGAGAUACACUAAAUUGCAGAUCCUGGAGCUGGUGAUCCUGGAGCAGUUCCUGGCCAUCCUGCCCCGGGAGAUGCAGGAGAGCAUCAGGGACCAGGGGCCCUCAACCUGUAACCAGGCCAUCUCUUUGGCAGAGGAUUUCCUAGAGAAUCAGGUGGAUCGGCCAUCAGAAGGGCAGGCUUCCAAUUUCCCUGCCUCAAAGGAAGCUCAGUCAAAAAGCCAGGACAUGGCGAAGCUCAAGAAAAUUGCUCGGAAAGACAGAAAGUCCGUUAUUUUGGAAGACAGGACGGUGAAAGAGUCCGUUGGAAAGGAAGCCAUAGCCGAGAAGACCGUGUCCUCUGAGGUGGCAAGGAUUGAAACCAGGGACGGGAUUCAGAAUAACGGGGAUGGGAACCCACGUGAGGCGCCCUUCAGAGAGAGCAACAGGGAGGAAGCAGAAGGACAUUCCGAACAUCUGGAUGAUCCCAAGAGCCGAGAGCCGAAAGAUACAGCUGUGAAAAGAAAAGAUCCAGCAGACCAUGAUCAAUCACAAGAAAAAGAAGCCCACAUUCAGCUGGAGAAGUCUACCGAAGAAGAAGAAGCAACUUUGGGAAAUGUUGGAGGAGACACUCUGCAAGUUGCAACUCCGCGAAAGACCUUGGAGGACGACAGUCAAACAAAUACUGCCCAAAGAUCUCUCCAGGGCAAGAAGGCAAAAGCGAACCCAUACAAAUGCGUGCAGUGUGGAGAAAGCUUUUACAAGUGGUCCCAGCUGAUCAUCCACGAGAGGGGUCACAGCCGGGAGAAACUGUUCAGCUGCCCCCAGUGCGACCAGAGUUUUUCCUCCCGCCAUGCGCUUCUCAGCCACGAGGCAAGCCACGUGAGCGAGAAACCGUAUCAGUGCUCAGACUGUGGGAAAACCUUCCGCGAGAAAGCCUACGUUCUUCAACACAAGAGGAUCCACACCGGGGAGAAGCCAUACACUUGCUCAGAGUGCGGGAAAAGCUUCUUCCGCAAGGGGUCCCUGAUUCUGCACGAGAGAAUCCACACAGGCGAGAAGCUGUACAAGUGCCCAGACUGUGGGAAGAGCUUCAAUCGUAAGCCGCACCUUGCCGUCCAUCGGAGGAUCCACACGGGGGAAAAGCCGUACAAGUGCUCCGACUGCGAGAAGACCUUCACCGUGAAAUCGGCUCUGAAUGUGCACAUGAGAACUCACUCGGAAGAGAAGCCCUACCAGUGCCCCGACUGUGGGAAAAGUUUCCGUGAGAAAGGAACUCUCAACAUACACAAACAGAGCCACACGGCAGAGAAACCUUACCAGUGUGCCGAAUGUGGGAAAUGCUUCAGUUACACAGCUUCGUUUCGGAGGCACAAGAAAACCCACUCGGCCGGAUCAGCUCUCAAAUCCUACGAGUGCCCCGAAUGUGGGAAAAGCUUCGGCCGCAAGGAUUACUUGAUCACGCACCGGAGAAUCCACACCGGCGAGAAACCUUACAUGUGCUCCAUUUGUGGGAAGAGCUUCAAUCACGGAGCGACUCUCGUCACACAUAAGAGGACCCACACGGGGGAGAAGCCUUACGAGUGCUCUGAAUGCGAGAAGAGCUUCAAGCAGAUUUCUGGCCUUAUUACACAUCGGAGAACGCACACGGGCGAGAAACCCUACGAAUGCCAUGACUGUGGGAAACGCUUCAUCCUAAAAGCGUACCUCGAUGUGCACAAAAGGAUUCACACCGGGGAGCGGCCAUAUCAGUGCUCGCAUUGUGGGAAGGGGUUCUCCUGCUCCUCUUACCUUUUAAGGCACGAGAAAACCCACACAGGGGAACGUUCCCACACCUGCUCGGACUGUGGCCAAAGCUUCUACUGGAAACGCUCCCUGAUCAUGCACAUGAGGAAGCACACAGGGGAGCAGAAUCUGCAGGAGUGCAAAGUCUGCGGCAAAGGCUUCAAUUGGUCCUCUGCUCUGAACAUCCACAUGAGGACCCACACCGGGGAGAAACCUUACAUGUGCUCGGAGUGUGGGAAAACGUUCAGCGGGAAAUGGAUCCUCAUCCAACACAAGCGGAUCCAUACAGGCGAGAGACCCUACAAGUGUCCUGAGUGCGGGAAGAGCUUCCACGCAAAGUCCUCGCUCUUUGCCCACAAACGGACCCACACGGGGGAGAAGCCGCACAAAUGCGCCGAGUGUGGGAAAAGCUACAGCGUGAAGGCCAACUUCGUGGCUCAUAUGAGGACCCACACAGGGGAGAAACCCUACGAGUGCUCGGACUGUGGGAAGAGCUUCUAUAAGAAAGACCGCCUCAUGACGCACAAGAGGACCCACACGGGAGAGAAGCCAUAUCAGUGCUCCGAGUGCGGGAAAGGGUUCAACUGGAAGGUGGGCCUGAUCAACCACACAAGAAUCCACACCGGCGAGAAGCCGUACUCCUGUGCUGAGUGUGGGAAAUGCUUCCAUAAAAAAGACCACCUGGCUCGCCACGAGAUCAUCCACACUGGAGAGAAGCCCUAUUCCUGCUUCGACUGUGGGAAGAGCUUUAAUCAGAAAGUUGCCCUCAUUGUGCAUAAGCGGACUCAUACGGGAGAGAAACCCUACAAAUGCUCCGAGUGCGGGAAGAGCUUCAGCUGGAAGAGAUCCCUCCUCAGCCACCGGGCAGCUCACCUGGGAAAGAAGCCCUACCAGUGUUCCGAAUGCACGGAAAGCUUCAGUCAGCGGUCUCUUCUCGCAGAGCAUGAAAGGACCCACGCAGGUUUUGUUGCUGGGCCACCCGAACUCUCCAUUGAAGAAAUCACCACUGCUGUGAUGAGCCUGGACUGCAAUACAAUUAUUUUGACCACAGCCGUAUAGCACCAAAUUGACAAAAAGAUCCUGAACUCAGCCAGUUUGCAGAAAACUCUUCCGUAAGCUCUUCCAAGUGUGUUUUCAUCCAAGGUUGUCAAGAAACUCAUCCUUUUCCUUCUGAGGACAUCCAGAUGGCUGCAGCUCCCUCAAAACCAAUUCCUCUGUUCAUCUUUUCCAGCACAAGCCCUUACGGGAUGUAAUGUCUAUCUCCCUAAACAUUAUCACACUGAACGCUUCUCUUUGCUUGCGUCCUUUGAAUAACAUAAAUCUAAGUGAAAUUCUGUAAAAUAAAAUGGCUAUAUUGUAUUGA